GCAAGCUUUGGCGGCGUCGUAGCGCAAUCAUGUCUUUCAUCACCAACUUAUUCGGCAGCCUGAAGAGUACGACGCCUAUCGAUACAGGCACCUUGCCACGCGUAGAUGGCGAUGGCACGCCCGAUGGAGCCGACGAAGACUGGGCUUUUGUAACAGCGCACGAAGCCGGAGUCGUCUACCACGACCGUGUCACGAUCCUACUUGGCCCCCAUCGAGAGACUCGCCACUACAUCUUCAUCGCCGACAUGCCCAGGUUUUCUAAACUUCUGAAUCAUGUCUGCACUCUCGAACCAGCACAACGACACCUGCAUCUCUCUUUCCCCGAUCUCUCCAUGAUGAAGUCAUAUCUCAAAGCCCAGUCCACGUCCGUUGACUUGCUGGCCAUCGAACAGUCUUGGUCAGACAUCAUUAAGCUAGCCAUCACUGCCGAUAUCUUCCAAGACCCCUACAUGGGGGACAGGGCCCUCGCAGCGCUCAAAAAGAAGGGCAUAUUCGCCUUCGCGCCCGGCAAUGCGGUGUUGCUGUUCAAAGAAGACGACUUUUCAUUGGCCCAGGAGUAUCAAGACAAGACGGGGAGCGGGAAGAAGCUGAUAGAGACACUUUACAGGGUCGCAGAGAUGGAUGCAGAGAAGCCUAAAUUGCCCAAAUCGGAGCUGCCCAAGCCUCAAGACAUGAACUCCAAGCCCGAUAUCUACAAGAGGAAGAGCGAGGGCACAAGGCUUGGUAAAAGUGUACUAAGAGGGUUGGGACAAGGCACGGCAAAGAAGGGAUGUUAUGUGGAUGACAAAGUGCAUCCUACACGGCAGCCCAGCGUUCCACCAGGUGUGGAAGCGUUGAAGCGUGAUAACGCGAGUAACUUCAUGUAGUCUAACAAGGAUAUGAAGAAGUAAUCUCGGAAGCCUUCGGGGGUAUGGUGGUCGAAUAAAGCUUUAGGCGAACGUCGCGCGUACGGAAUACGGGUUCAAGAUUCGGCAAUGGGAGACUAAAGCUGUCUGUCUGGGAGACAUCAUUCGAAG